CAGCACACGUUUUCAAGAUGUCUAAGAUCUAUUGCUGUCGCAAUUUUAUUGAAAUAUGUAAUGUUUGGUGUUUCUCAGGAGGAGCUAGUGGCAUUGGUCUGGAGACAUCAAGAGUCUUCGCCCUUAGAGGAGCCCAUGUCAUCAUUGCCGCAAGAAACACUGAGGCCGCAUCAGAAGCAAGGAGGAUCAUCGUGGAAAAUAAUCCAGCAGCACGAAUUGAUGUCCUGAAGCUUGACCUCAGCUCCCUCAAAUCUGUCAGGGCUUUUGCAGACCAGUUCAACUCGAUGAAACUUCCUCUUAACAUCCUGAUAAAUAACGCAGGUGUGAUGUUAUGCCCUUUUCAGCUGUCUAAAGAUGGAGUCGAGAUGCAAUUCGCCACCAAUCAUCUCGGGCAUUUUCUGCUGACCAAUCUCCUCCUUGAUAAUAUGAAAGCCACUGCCCAAUCUACUGGUAUUGAGGGCCGCAUUGUGAACUUGUCAUCAUAUGCCCACCACGUGACAUACCCAAAGGGAAUUGAGUUUGACAAAAUCAACGAUGAGAAAAAAUACAGUGAUGCAAGGGCUUAUGGACAAUCUAAGCUAGCAAACAUACUGCAUGCAAAGGAGCUUUCUAGACGGCUCAAGGAAGAAGGAGCAAACAUCACAGUUAAUAGUGUUCAUCCUGGAAUGAUCAUGACCAAUUUGAUGAGGCACUCCUACGUUCUCUUGAAGGUCUUUCAAGUUGCAACUUUCAUACUGUGGAAGAAUGUACACCAGGGAGCAGCAACUACUUGUUACAUAGCACUGAACCCACAGCUGAGGGGAGAGACAGGAAAAUACUUUGCUGACUGCAACGAGGAGAAAACAAGCAAACUAGCAAAGAGCGACGAGUUGGCAAAGCAACUCUGGGACUUUAGCGAGGAGCUGAUCACGUCUGCGCAAUGAGAGCCAUAGGACGGAUCAGAGGAGUGUUCUGAUUGUGCUUGGCAUAUGGUGUUACUAGUGAUUACUAGUUAAUAUAGUAGCAGUGGUUAUAGGGAACCUGAGCAAUGGUGGAGCUCGUGGUGUUCAGAAAUAAAUCUCCAUGCGACCAUGCAUGCUUUUCUA